AUGGCGCACGUUCAAUAUCUAAGCCAAACAAUUCAAUCGCUUGAUUCUAGAUGGCGACCAAGGGGCGUAUGGCUGCUCAAGCAAGUGACGAUUCGUUACUGUCAACACGGUGGCAGCAGUCGGUAUGCGCGGCAAUUACUGGGUGAUCAUCGCUUCUUGAAAUUCGUAGAGGAAAACCCACAGGUGCAGUUCGAGACGGAGAUCAAGGGUGCACGCCAUCCAAUUCUCAUUGGUGACUAUGUGAAAAAUGAACGCAAGGUGAUGGAUAUCAAGAAUCAGGACAUUAAAUUCAUCAUGAAGCAGCUGAAUCGCCUUCGUGACUCCAGUGGCCGCAAAAUGACGCACAUUAAGAAACCUGUCAUCUCAAAACGUCCGACCAUCCAGGGAAUCUGGCAGCCAGACGUUGACUUUCCCGAGUUCAAGAUCAGUGAUCGCGUGUAG